AGAAAAUCAUCAUGUUCAAUUAAUUCUUGCCUCGACAAUACAAUCGGCGCUGAUCAUGGCUAAAAAGAUUAUUAUGUUUUGCCGCUACUAUGUUCCACCUAUUCUUCUCCUUCCUUAUCAAACCCUCCAAUUCCUCUACCCCAAGCUUUCAGUUCAAGUCUCAAGGGCCUCUAACCACCAUUUCCACAACCUCAAGGCUGAUGAAAUCCAAACCCAUGUUCCCAUUGAGCCAAAACUCUCUUCUUCCUUCAUCACAGACUCCGAAAUUCAAUAUGAAUUUGCUCACCAUGCUCCUGGUGUUGCCAGGAUGAACAAUGGCAGCUUUGGUUGCUGCCCUGCUUCUAUCAUCUCUGACUUGCAUCAAUGGCAGCUCAAAUUGCUCCGCCAGCCAGACCAUUUCUACCUGAAUGAGCUCCAGAACAGGAUACUCGAAUCAAGAACCAUAGUUAAAGACCUUAUCAAUGCAGAAGAUGUGGAUGAAGUCUCCAUUGUAGACAAUGUCUCCACUGCUGUUGCCAUAGUCCUGCAGCAGACGGCAUGGGCCUUUGCUGAAAGGAAAUUCAACCAAGGGGAUGCUGUCAUUAUGUUCCACUGUGCUUACGGCGCGGUGAAGAACUCAAUCAAGGCCUACUUUCUGCGUGCUGGUGGGUAUGCUAUCGAAGUUCCAUUUAAAUUUCCGCUGAAUUCCAAUGAAGAAAUCAUAGGUGAAUUUAGGAAAGCAUUGGAGAGAGAAAAGGGUAAUGGUAGGAGAGUGAGAUUAGCUGUGAUUGAUCAUGUCACAUGCAUGCCAAGUGUUGUAAUGCCAGUUAAGCAUUUGGUCAAAAUUUGUAGGGAAGAAGGUGUUGAACAAGUUUUAAUAGAUGCAGCUCAUGCUGUUGGGUGCAUAGAUGUUGAUAUGCAAGAAAUUGGGGCAGAUUUUUAUACUAGCAAUUUGUAUAAGUGGUUCUUUUGCCCACCUGCAGUUGCAUUUCUGUAUUGUAGGAAGUUAGUGACAAAUUCAGAUUUGCAAUUGCAUCACCCUGUGGUGUCUCAUGAGUAUGGCAAUGGGCUAGCUAAAGAAACUGGUUGGAUUGGGACAAGGGAUUACAGUCCCUAUCUGGUGCUUCCUUCAGUUAUGGAGUUUGUCAAUAGGUUUGAAGGCGGUGUUGAGGGGAUCAGAAAAAUGAAUCAUGAUGCUGUUGUUGAGAUGGGGAAGAUGUUGGCAGAAGCUUGGGGAACCAAUCUAGGCUGUCCUCCUGAUAUGUGUGCUAGCAUGAUCAUGGUUGGUUUGCCAGCUUGUUUGGGGAUUUCAAGUGAUGAUGAUGCUAUAAAGUUAUGGGCACAUUUAUGCAAGAAAUUUGGUGUUGAAGUCAAGAUACAUUAUCAAGCUCCCAAAGAUGCAGAGGUUGCGCCAACAACGGGGUAUGUUCGAAUUUGUCAUCAGAUUUACAACAAAGUUGAUGACUAUUACAGGCUCAGAGAUGCAAUUAAUCAACUCGUUCAUGACGGUUUCACUUGCGCUCUUGAGAUCAAUGAGGCCUGAAGAAGUCCGUUCGAUGAAUAAAAGGAGCUGUAGUUCUCUGUGUCCUACAUCCUUUGCUAGCUGCAAUGGUUUUGGUACCAUUAAGUCCUAAAGUCCUCCUUCCGAGGCAAAAAAGCUAUACAGAAAGUUCAUGAACAUUUCAUUUUUCUUUUUUCGGUUUGAUAUAUAGAAAACUUCAUGUAUGAAUACAUAAACAAUUUUCUGUCAGCUUCAAGGAAUGUAAUUUCCAGAUAUGUUU